AUGGUGCAGUGCCUCGCGAGUGCUUCCGUUCGACCUGCGCAGCAACUUCGUGUGCGAGGAUGCUGGCUUCAGUUGUGCUUCUCAGGUUCGGGACGAGCAGGCGAUGACGGAGACCUCUUCAGCAAUGUCUGCAGCUGGUGCGGCGACGAGCGACUUCUGCCCUUCGAUCUGGGCGAGGGCUUUGUCUGUCAAGAUGUGGGGCUCGAGUGCGAUGGGCUGGGAUUGGAGGGGGAGCACGAGCUCUUUGCAAACUUGUGCUGCAGCUGUGGCGCAUGCAGGGAGCUGCCCUUUGAGCUCGGGGAGGACUUCCUUUGCGGAGACGUGGGCUUCGAGUGUGAUGAGAAGCUCUAUCAGAACGAAUGCACCAACUGCGGCGCCGUCCGGAUGUGUCCCUUCAGCUUACCAGACUUCCUCUGUGAUCGCUGCGGCGGCACCGACGCGCCCAAGAGGUUUGAGGAGCUUGCACUCCCCGAGGGCCCGGCGGAAGAAGAGCCGGAUGAUGGCCUCACCACCGAAGAGCGUGAGGCUCAAAAGCUCCUAGACAAGCAUUGCAAGGUGGACGUGGCCAGCGAAUGGCAAGCUGUUGACGAUCAGAAGAUCGCGCAGCUGCGAGGCAUCUUGAAAGGACUCCAGGAGGAGAAUCAAUCCACACAACUCCUCAAAGUGGAAAGCGAGGACCGUGAGGCACAGCUGGCCCUUCAGUCCACGCGGAAGUCCGUCGAGACGCGACUGGCCUUUUGCAAGGAGAAGGAGACUGUCUUCAAAAGGCGGCAAGAAGAGCUCCGGAAGCACGUCCUGGAAAAUCAGAAAUCCUUGCAAGACCUUGAAGCACAGAUCGAAAAGAGUGAGAAGAAGACCUUGGAGGAGCAGUCGCAGGGCCGCAAGUUGGACGUGGAGAUUGAGAGGUUGGAGAAGGAACUAAAGCAGAAGGAGGAGACGAGAGAUAUGGAGCAGGGGAAGAUUGCCAAGAUGGCAAGAUACAAGGAUUUCCUGGAGCACGUGAUCCAAGAUAGCCAAGACCAAGAGUUCGGCGACGACAUCGAAGUGCUGAUGAGUCGUCAUGUUACCUUGGAAGCAGGCAGCCAGGAGCUCAACCAGGCGAAUGAGGAGUUGGUGCUGCGGCUGGAUCGCCUGCGGGAGGAGUUCACGCGGAUCCACACGAAACUGCAGAAUGAGCACUUGGCCAUUAGCAGUCAGCUUCACAAGUGCCAGGUGGAGCUGGAACAACACUUGGCUGAAAGCCAGGAGCUGGAACAGAGGCUCAACCGCGCACUGGAAGAGAAGGAGUUGAAAGAGAGCCAGGUGGGUGUGAUCACCAUGGCCAUCGAGCAGCUCUUCUCGCGAACGGUGAACUCCUGUCGUUUGCCCCAGCGGAAGAAGGCGAUGAUGGACGCCACCGACAUCAAGUUCGCGCCAGUGCGCGGUGACAAGGGCGAGAGCCGCCUGGAGGAGAUGUUCAAGCAGAUCAUCGAGCGAGUGGAAGAUCUCCAGGAGAUGCAUGCCACGGCUCAGCUUAGUCGAGAGAAGCAGAAGGAGGAGGAGACGCUCUUCGACGAGGGUGGCUUCAUGGAUCGCAUCAAGUUCGUCUACCAACGAGGGGAUGACGAUGGCGUCAGCCGGAGGGACACUGAUGGUUUGGGCGCGGGCAACAGCACCCUGAAGGGGAGGCUCCUCGAAGUCAUGAAGCGGACGCUCCCUUCGAGGCAAGCGGAAAACAACGCAUUCCGACGACCUCCGACACCGCCGGUGGCAGCUCUCCAGGACGGUGCACCCGGUGGCAGCGUGACCCGUGGGGAAAAUAUCCGGCGAUUCACCAGGGAACACGGUCCCAAUGUGAUGAACAGCGCAGACGCGGUGGACAAUUCCGAGACGGCUGAGCCGGAAGAUCGUCCAGUCAUCCAGUUGUUUCAGCAGCAUGCACUGAUGGAGGAUGCUCUUGAUGACUUGGAGAAUCCUGGCGUGUUUGGCUAUGGAGAAGAACUUGAUGACUUGCCGGGCACCGCCGACGAGCGUGCGAUGCGGAAAGAGAAUGAACGGACGCAGCUCUUGUGGAAGACGCUCAUUCAGGCCAUCCCGCUGGCCGAAGCCGCAGAGCUCUUCCAGUCAAAGGGGCAUGAACCUCCCACUGAGCAAGAGCUGAUGGAUCUGCGGACCAACACCCUGGCGCACGUACGGCAAAAGACCAGCGGUCGCAGGCAGUUCAUGAAGUCGGCGCUCAAGAACAAGGCGGCCAAGGGUCAGACGAAGCGCUUCUUGAACAAUGAGAUGGUGACCGUCGGAAAGAAGGACAAGUAUUUGCACAGCGGUGGCGAGUCGGCCGAAGACAAAGCGAAGACCUCGGUGGAGCUCUACAUCAUUGGCAUCGGUCGAGGUGGUCGUCAUGCUGUCAAGGUCGCCAUGCACGAGAAGAAGAAGGGGCGACUUGGGUCCCCAGAGACGGGCGAUGUCGCGAUGUAUCGCGGAUUGAGCGAUGCCGAUGAGCAACAAGCAUCACAAAUAGAUCGAGAAAAAAGUGAGGGACCGGCGCGUGAGGUCGAACGAGCGGACGUCGACCUGUGGACUCUUGUAGACUCCGUCCGCGCGAGGUAUGUCAGGUCUGUGCUCCUCCUAUGGGCGCUCACGACAACUCCAGUCACCUCGAUGACGCCCAGUGGCUCGAUGAUGCGACGGGAAGAGGACUUGACGGUGCUGGAUGAGAUGCCCGAUGAGAGCGAGGAGAGCAAGGACAGCGAGGAGAGCGAGAGCGACGAGGAGGUGGCCGUUGAGCAAGUGGCCCACCUCAUGGCUGACCGCAGUUGGAGCUCGCCUUGGGUGCUCUACAGCAUUCAGACCGCUGCGGACAACCUGGAGGCGAUCUUGGCCUCGUUGAGGACGUGGGCAGCGGAGCUUCCACCCAACCGGCUGCAGGUCAUCGGCAUGAGCCAGCCGAAAGGGCUGAGCUCGCCGGGCUCUCGCUCUCCGCGCAUCGACUGGGAUCGAUCCAGUUGCCCGGACACGCAUGCCGGUGGGGCCUGUAAGGACUUCACGGCUCUGGCGGAUGCCUGGCAGAAGGGCGCCGAUUGGGUGGUUCUGCUUGGGAGCGACAACUAUGCGAUCGCGAAGAACAUCGAGGCGGUGCUCGGCCAGUUGGAUCCAGAGACGCCACAGGUGCUGGGCAUCCGUGGCUGUGGGAAAUGCAAAGCUGGAGGACUCUGUGGAGGAGGUGGCCAGAUCUUCAGUCGAGCUGCCUUGGCCAAGAUGUUGGAGGCCGGGCGGGAGCGCUACAUGAAGGAAUCCCUGGCCGAGGCCCAGCGCUGCGGCAUGUGGGGCGACGUGUCCAACUGCCGGGUCGCGGCGAAGCAUGGCGUGGAGGUGAAGGAUCUACCCGGACUUCACGGAUGGCAUCUGAACUCCCUACAGCUGCAGGAAGCAUUGAUGUCCACGUACCCUGCGCCGCUCACCUUUCACUACUUGAGUGCGGAUGAAAUCAAAGCCCUGCAUGCGAUGAUCACCACGGAGUCGGAGCUGUUUCGGAUGGAGACCGAAGAGAAUGAGAAGGACGCGGACGCUUUGGCGACGUGGAACGCGCAGCGUGCCGCAUACGUGGCGGAAGAGCAGAAGCGGCGCGCAGUGAGUGCCGCGCAGCGAGUGACGGUCGAUGCGAAGGCUGCGGUCGAUGCUUCGUCCGGUGCGGUCAAACCGCUACCGCCGUCCUCGGUCGAUUGA